AUGCAAAUCUGGCACAUGGAACCAUUCCCAUGCGGUGACCGUCGUCUCCCACACCAUGUGUUCCCACCGAAGAAGAUCACCACCACUCAAUUGGGACAACUCGCCGGUGUACAGUAUUAUAAGGUCGAUCUCGACGACACCGCCUCAAUGAAGAAGCGUCUCUCCGCAGUGAAGACGGAGAAGAACGUCACAUUCACCGACGUGUUCACCGUCAGCCAGACAAUGCUCGACUUCGAUGACAAGAUGGAGCAAUUCUACGAGCCACAGACACAGAAGGAGGACGUCAUCAGUCUGGUCGUCGAGGGCACAUGCUAUUAUGAUGUGGAGCCAGAGGACGACUCGUGGAUUCGUGUUCAGUUGGAGAAGGGAGACUUGAUUGUCAUUCCAAAAGGGUUGUCCCAUCGAUUCACUACUACUCCACAGGUACGACGCGUCACAGGCGCGCCAGCUUCAUAG